AUGGCGUGGACCAUCAGUGUCUGUUUGCCCAGCGGGCGUGCGGCGGAGCUGGCCUUGGAACGUUCCCAGACACUGAAGGAAGUCAAAGUCAAGGCACAGGAGGUCUUGGGGCAGAAGUUUCUCCAGCUCAUCACGGAGGAGGGGACCUUUAUGGAUCUGAGGCAGAACCUGGACGAAGCUGGCCUCUACCAUGGUGCCAGCGUGCAGGCCUGUGUGAUGACGCCACUGCUCCAUUGCACCCGUUCCUCCUUCGGCCUCCAAGUGGGGCAUCGCCUGGUGACCUGGGGCGCUGCGCUUUUGGAAGACCAUGACGGCUGGGACCCGCCGCUGCAGGAGAACGUGAAGGAGGUGAAAUGUACUGGCUUGGCUUUUGCAGCCCUCCGGACCGACGGCUCGGUGGUGUGCUGGGGCCAUCCCUCCUUCGGUGGUACCAUGUCUGUUGAAGCCUUGGCGGCCAAAGCUGGCGACCGACGGUGCACGGCGCUGUGCGCCACAGUUGGAGCGUUUGCAGCACUGCUGGACGAUGGGUCGGUCAUUGCCUGGGGCAGCCCACAACUCGGCGGCGUCAUCGGCCCCGACGUGGCGCCGCUCCGCGACGUGGUCCGCCUGGACGCCACGCACGGCGCCUUCUUCGCCACGCGCGCGGAGGGGCGGACGGCGGUCUGGGGGAGCUGGAACCCUGAGAAGGAGGUCUUAGAGAAGCUGAGAGACUUCCGCGCUGUGAGCGGCACUCAAUAUGCACGGGCUGUGGUCCUCGCCGAUGGCAGCAUCCUCACGUCAGGCAAUCAAGCCUUUGGAGGAGACAGCAGUGCAGUACGAGAGCAUCUGAAAGAUGCGCAGGCGUUGCAAGCCUCGGAUCAUGCCUUUGCUGCGGUGCUGGGCGCGGAGCGACGGGUGGUGACCUGGGGGCAUCAGCGCUACGGGGGUGACAGCAGCCACGUUCAGUUGGAGCUCUUCGAUGUGGUGCAGUUGGAGGCCACGCGCAAGGCCUUCGCCGCGCGGAGGGGCGAUGGAAGGGUGAUCUGUUGGGGCGAUCCCAAUCAUGGCGGCCAGCCAGACGAGGAGCUCCAGGAACAGCUUUGCGACGUGAGCCACGUCGUGGCGGGCGGCCGCGGCUUCGCAGCGCUGAAGACGGAUGGCCAGGUCCUUUUCUGGGGCUCCCGCACCUACAGCGGCGUCGCCCUGGGAGCCCGCCGCGUCACGACGCUGGUGGGUGCCUUUGGUGGUGCCUGGGCGGCGGUGCUCGAGGGAGGAGGACUGGUGGCCUGGGGCGACCCCAAGAGCGGCGGCGAGGUUCCACCCGAGGUGCUGGAGUUGGUUGAGAGUCUUUGA